CGGGAACUAAAGAGUGUGCGUUUUAUUUAACGAUUCCACGUUACACAGACUGAAAGCAGAUUGCAACAAGUCAUUUCAUGGCCUGCAGACUGUAAACUAUUUCCACGUGCCUCUCCUGAUGCGAGUUCUUCGAAGUUUCCUUGAGGCGCAACAAACAGGAAAGAGUGGCACAGUUACGCACCAGACGCGCACACAAACUCCCGCGGGCGUUAUUUCCUCGCCUGCCCCUGACCAACUGUAUGAGGGUGUCCAGCCCUCCACGGCUUUCAGUUCUGUUGUCAUCUCUUACAAUCUGAUCUUUCAGCAGGAGUCCGAUGCGUGACGCGUCCUCUUAAACACUUUCACACCAGGAAUCCUUUUACGCGUCCUCGGGCUUUCGUCAAUGUUUAAGAAAUGGAAAGUAUUCUGCGGGAAUUCUGAGCUCAAGGAUACACGGGACAGAAGCAGAUAAAGUUGCAGUCUUUGGAUUCCCCGGCUCCGUUUAUAUGAAGCGGUUCUCUAGGUUUCGGGGUUUGUGCUGCGGUGGAAACAUGUGGUGCAUCUGGAACGCAGUGCGGCGGACGGUUCGAGUUCGAGUCCAGAUCAUGUUGCUGCUGGUUUGUUGUAUGAUCGCGGUGGUGACCGCUGAACAUUAUGGCAUGCAGGCCCAGGUGAUGUCGUCCAAAGCGUUCAGGGCUUCCAACACACGGAGCAAUGUAACAGACAGCAAUCACCUCACAGACUUGUACCGGAAGGAAGAGGUCAUCAUCCUGAAGGGUGGAGGUCACGUCCAGAGCCCGCGCUUCCCUAACGCUUACCCCCGCAACCUCCUGCUGUCAUGGAAGCUGUUCUCGCCCUCCCACACCCGUAUUCUGCUGGAGUUUGAUGCUCAGUUUGGAUUGGAAGAGCCGGAGAGCGGAGUCUGCAGGUAUGAUUAUGUAGAAGUGGAGGAUAUUUCGCAGACCAGCACCAUCAUUUGGGGUCGUUGGUGUGGUCAGAGAGGUCCAUCACGGAUCACGUCCAAAACAAACCUCAUCAAAAUCACCUUCAAAUCAGACGAUUACUUCGUAGCAAAACCAGGAUUUAAAAUCUGCUAUUCUCUGCUGGACAGCUCACCUCUCGCAUCCGUCACAAACUGGGAAGCAGUGACAGCGAUGUCAGAACUCACGGAGACCUCCGGGGACACUCCGGUGACUGCAGCCGUGCUGGAUAAUGACAUCGCCAGCGUCAGUACGGUCGAAGAGUUACUGAGACACCUGAACCCGUUUACCUGGCAGGAAGACCUGGAACAACUGUACACGCACACGCAUUACUACAGACCACGAGCCUUUCAUACAGACCGCAAACACAAACUGGAUCUCGACCGUCUCUAUGAUGACGUGAAACAGUACAGCUGCACUCCGCGCAAUUUCUCCGUUAAUCUCCGCGAGGAGCUGAAGAUGACCAACGCCGUGUUUUUCCCACGAUGCCUCCUGGUGCAGCGCUGCGGGGGAAACUGCGCAUGCGGCACAGAUGGCUGGAACUCCUGCACCUGCAGCGCGGGAAAAACCGUCAAGAAAUUACACGAGGUGCUGAAGUUUUCCCCGGGUCCAAAUUACUACAGAAAGAGAACCCGUGCCCGCUGGACUCUGGAGGAGAUCUACCUUCAACAUCAUGAGAGAUGUGACUGUUUGUGUCAGACGAGACCACCACGAUAAACACACACCUGCCCCAUAUAGACAUACUGUAUAUGUUCAGGUCAAGCUUCUGCAUAAGCCUUUCAUGAAACAACAAAAUCGCACUCUUUUCAGAUAUGUAUCUUUUCUCAUGUUAAUUUGUCCGCGAGGUCACACAGAACUCAGCCAAUGACAUGUAAAUGAAUAUUAAUGAGCUCUUUAAAACCCAUAGCCCAUCUAUUCCAAUUGUUAUUUAUUAAAACUAUAUGUCUUUGUUUUUUUAUAUCUGUGGUCGUGCUGUUGAAUGUUCAUUUCAUAGUUUUCUCUUGUUUGCAGAAAUGAUAUUAAGGUCAUGAAAACAUGUCCUGGUCAUGUUUUAUCACAACAUCAAUUGAAAAAAAGUAUAUUUAACUGAUAUAUAAAUAAAGCCUCUUUUAAGA